AUGCACAGAACAGCAGGAGUAAUUCAAAAACAAACCAACGCUUACCUUCCUCAUUCAUACCAACAAACGAGCGCGUCGGGGACACUGGCUUUGCCGCAUCAAACACCAUUCCAUCCUUGGGCAGCCUGUAAAUGCAACCUCACUCCUCCUGCUCGCCGGAUUAGCAGAUCAGAAGGGAUCAAAAUACAUCACAAACCUCUCAGAAGCCAGACGUUGAAGGGAGAGCACAGAGGAACAGCAGCGGAGGAGAACAAACUUUCAGCGGUGGAUUCAACCAUCUCUCCGGAGACCGGGAGGCGCCGGUGGGGAAGCAGAGGGCACCGCAGACACGCGUCCCGGCCCGCAGGAACCAUGCAGGAGCCCUUUGCUGUUCACUUCCUCAAGGUGCUGAAGGAGCUCCUGGCCUUCGUGCUGUUCAGCUACACGGUGCUGAUCGGGGCACUGCUGCUGGCCGGCUGGACCACGUAUUUCCUGGUGCUCAAGUGAGAGUGUCUUCUGUCCCCCGAGCCACGGACGAGCCCCAGCACGGGCAAGCAGCACCCCACGAGCCCUGCUCCUGGCGCCGCCUCCGCGCCCCACGGCGAGCGGCGGUGCUGGUCCGCGCCGAGCGCGGCCGCGUCUACUGUUGUAAGACAGAAAGAUUAAAAUCAUCUCCCCCUUUGCUGCCCUCCA